CCUGUGAUAUACUCCCCACUGAUGUCUCCAAGCGCGACCCACCUGUUUAUUUACGGUAACGGCAGUCUCUGGUGACGGCGUGGCUGCAUCACCUGCCAACAGUCUGUAGCCGACGCAGACAGCGACACUUCGUCACAGCUUCACGACCAUUCCUGACUGACGAGCCACAGCCAUUUUGUACAUCCUAUAGUGAGGUUCAGUGGUGGAUGUGACAUGUGGUGACGGGAGGUUAGAUGGAUGCCCAUGGAUUUCGGGGAGAGUGAUAUCAGUCGUCCGUCAGGUAAAGAAAAUGACGGCGACAGUGACCUACCGCUUGUCCACCAGGCGGCGGCCCAGGGAGACGUUGACCUUCUGGUGGAAGUGGUUCAACAAGACCCCAGCAUGCUGGAACUCCAGGAUGCAGAAGGCUUCACUCCACUCACACAUACAGUACAGAGCAAACAACUUCGAGGGGUCAAGCGGCUCAUUAAGAUGGGCGCCAACAUCAACGCCCAAGACAACCUUGGACGAACAUGUCUAUCCAUAGCUGCCUAUCAGGGGUGGCAUGAGGGAGUUGUGUGUCUCCUGAGGAAUGGCGCCAAGAAGACAAGUUGCGACAAGUUCGGCCGGACACCCCUCCAUGCAGCAACAUACGACACAGACAGAAGGGCUCUCACGGUGCUUCUUCAGAAUAUGACCAAGAGUGAGGUGAACUUCACCGACAACGAGCAAAUGACAGCUCUUCACUGGGCCGCGUUUCACGGCCGCCCUACCCACUUAGAAGACCUGAUUGCUAGACAGGCGGACAUAUUUGCUCAGGAUAUAGACGGAAAGACGCCCAUGCACUGGGCUGCACAGAACGGCAGUAAGAAAAGUUGUGACAUUCUUGCAAGCAGUACAGACGGGGCUGAACUAAUUAACUUGGCAGACCAUUCAGGGAAGACAGCUGUACACUUUGCAGCUGCAGCUGGUCACGCGGAGAUCGUGCAGCUGUUGUCGGGAUUCCCCGGAUGUGACCUUGAGGCUCUAGAUCCAGACGACAGGACCCCUUUACACUGGGCAUCAGCUACUGGACAGACCGAGAGCGUUAAGACACUUCUGGCAUUGAAUGUCUCCCCCAACCAAGUAGACGCCGAGGGAGGGACCCCGCUGGAGUACGCCAGACAAUCAAGAUACACAGACUGUGAGAGCCUGCUUGUUAAGAAGCUUGGAAAGAAAUUCGGCAGAAAUAAUUCCAAAGAUACCCAGGCUCAAGGAAGAAAGGGAGGUGGAGGACCGUUUGGUUUCAUCAAGAACCUCUUCGUGAAAAAGGACACCAAUAGUUUCAAUGUGACGUCUAAAGAGGACAAUCAGAACAAUACUUCCUCUGGUGAAACAAACGACACUUCUACGGAAAACAAAAAUGCUACAGUGCCUUACGAACAACCGGAACAUCCGGUAAAUACUGUUCCCAUCCCUGUACCUACAAUCUGUGUGCAUGAGCCGAGUGAAAAUAAGCUAAAGCGAGGCAAGAAGAGAAAUUCAAAGAAGUCCAAACGCAGUUUAAUGUCGGAGUCUGUUGAUAGCAAUCAGUCAUCAGAGAACACUGCUGAAACUCCCAGCUCUUCUGGAAGCAAGGGGCGGAACAAGGGAGGUAACUCCGAACAUCGUGACGAAGCGAGGAAGAGAUCGAUAUCACCACGACCACUUUCCCCUUUGAAUGGAUUGAGCAUGUCACUACCUUCAGAUACGGACUUCGACCACUCUAUACCGCCUCCCCGAGUUGCCCGUCGGUCGCACAGCUUGCAGCCGCUCCCUGACAGACCCACCUUGAAGCUCCCGGACGGGCCAUCCCCAUCCUCCUCGCCUUCCACCUCGCCAAGACUCCUUGGGUCUUUCGAGACAAUGGAAUCUCCUCUUUCUCACCGGGGAGGUAGCCUAGGACCCCUGAGGGGACACAAACCCAGGCCAGACAUUCUCGUAAACUCUCGCGUGGCGUCUCUCCAGAAAGAAAGAUCAGGGGCGAACAGGACACCUACACCACCACCAUCGGAGGUUGAUUCAAAAAUCCUGAAAAUGAACCCAAGCAUUAGCCCACGAAUGUCUGAUCAAGCAAUCCUUUCGCCCGGACGUCACCGGAAGCCGAAGAGAAGGGGCAGCUUGGUACCGGAAACGGAAGUUGAACUGAACUGUUUUCCCACCGGACAAAGAAGUAUGCUAGACAGUCAAGAGACAAGGCCGGAGAAGAGAGGCUCAGUAUCCCCAUUGGCAACACGGGGGACAUCUUCCGCUCGAAGACGACCUUCAGAAGGGUCUUUGUAUAGUUGAAGCAAAGUACAGAACAAGCAAGGAUGUGGCGGGAGUUCACGUGUGCAAGACGUUGUUACCAUGCGUGACUUGCGUUUUAGCGUGUAUGAAACAACUGUUCACGCCUGCCUCCACUGAGACGAGGCCUCGAAUCUGAAAGAUAUUGUGCUUGUUGUCUCGUCAGAUAAGCUUAAGACACUGAUAUGUGACCCAUUUGUGAGGGAUUUACUCCUGGUUUUGCCACAUGAUUGCCUUGUUCUUUCAGUCCUAACCAUAUACAACAUUUGGAAACGUUAUCAAGUUAAUAGUAUCAUCCCCCCUACAUGUCGGUAACCAUGCAUUUUGUUGAAUAAACAAUGCAACAUUCUCAAGUAAACUGAUUGCAAAUAAACUGCUUUUUUUCGGUCAAAAUACAACAAAAAUGUCAGUGAAUGUAAUUUUUGUAUCUGUUGAGGUGAAUAAUACUGGAUUUAUUGGGGUACGAAAAACACAAAUUGUCAACACACAUUUACCUUUUAUUCAGGUACUCCCUGUGUAAUGUAAGGGCCGAUUACAAUGGGGACUGAAGCUGUUAUCAAAAUAGGCUCAGGAUGAGUAACGUUGCUGAUAAUGUGUCAUGUGGAUAGUUAUUUUUUGCUAAGUCAUUGGUUUGCCUGGUCCAGACUCGAUUAUUUAUACUAUAACUGACUGUGGGUCUUUAGAUUCUUCAACUGACCCACUUCAAUGAAAAAUCUUGGAGAUGAAAAAACUGACUUCAUAUACAUCCACUCAUAAGGCUUUAUUUAUUCGCAUUACAAGGUUCUGAUUGAAUUGGUAAGGAAACGAAUCAGAAUUAAAGACCCUUUUUACAUGGUUCUCUUAAAAUGCAUCAUGUAAUCAAAACGUAAUGCUGAAAUCCUUUAGUAGGUGGUGUGUCUUAAGGACGGUUGGGAAUCAAAGUGCUUGAAGUGUUGGCUUGUUAUGUCUGUGAUCCGGGUUCGAUUCUCCACAUGCGUUCAAUGAUUGACGCUGAUUUCUGGUGUCUCCCACGUUGAUAUUGCUUGAACAUUGCUGAAAGGUGGCGUCAACCCUACUCACUCACUCACCCAUUCCAAUGCAUUACUAAGAAAUGUUUCUUUCAUACCACUUACAUGUUGGUUUCCAUCCAUCUUCCUGAGGCCAGGGAGUUAUCUAACUAUAAAAGUCAAGAUCCAACCCUUGCGGAACUGGGUUGGAAUUUCUGGGCUCGAUCGUAGCGCCACUAUUGGCUUUAACGAGUUAUGUCCCUUCUAUGUCCCUCCUAUUGACCAAUCAGAUUCAACCUGUUCUGUCUCUUGCAAUUGCUUUAAACAAA